AUGACAAGGUUGAGUUUAUUUUUAGCAGAGGAAUCCCCAGACCUGUUUUUUUCGGAACACCUCGAUUUACUUCCGUUUGCUAAGAAACCAGGGUUAGACAUUGACAGAGCUCCAACUUCCAUGAGGGUACCGCAGUCUAUCGAGGAGUCAGUUACUACAGUCCGACCCUCCACCAUUACCGAGGAGUCAGUUACUACAGUCCGACCCACCACCAUUGCCGAGGAGUCGGUUACAACAGUCCGACCCACCACCAUUACCGAGGAGUCAGUUACUACAGUCCGACCCACCACCAUUACCGAGGAGUCAGUUACAACAGUCCGACCCUCCACCAUUACCGAGGAGUUAGUUACUACAGUCCGACCCUCCACCAUUGCCGAGGAGUCAGUUACUACAGUCCGACCCACCACCAUUACCGAGGAGUCAGUUACUACAGUCCGACCCUCCACCAUUACCGAGGAGUUAGUUACUACAGUCCGACCCUCCACCAUUGCCGAGGAGUCAGUUACUACAGUCCGACCCUCCACCAUUGCCGAGGAGUCAGUUACUACAGUCCGACCCUCCACCAUUGCCGAGGAGUCAGUUACUACAGUCCGACCCUCCACCACUGCCGAGGAGUCAGUUACUACAGUCCGACCCUCCACCAUUGUCGAGGAGUCAGUUACUACAGUCCGACCCUCCACCAUUGCCGAGGAGUUAGUUACUACAGUCCGACCCUCCACAGUCCAACCCUACACUGCUGUCAGAGAAGAUUCUACCGAACUCAUCUGA